AUGUUCACCAACACCUUCAGACCGGACAUGAAGACUCCAGGAAGUCCAUCUCUGGGAGGGCAGCGCUUGGGCAACCGCCGAAGGGUUAUUCGGACUCUUCUUGCAGCCGUCUUGAUCGUUGCUUUCAUGCAAACAUGGUCUUGGACAUCUCAAAAACGGACAUGGGAUCUAGAAUACGCCAUCGACGAGGUAGCCAGCGAAGAAGCAGAAUACGAGUACAAUGAUUUCCAGUAUAUGCCCCUCACCGGCUUAGUCAACGAUGGUAGAGCUGGAAAGCGUACCUGCGAAGAAAUGAAGUACGAAGGACGACUUCGAGUUCAGGAAAGCUUCUACCUUGAAGAUGACCUCACCGAUGUCGCGAGGACUCUGGAACACCAUCCUAUGAUCAUUUAUCCUGAAGGGGAUAAGGAACUGCCGUUUGAGGAAAUGGUAGCGAAAAGAUGGGCAAGACUGGCAGGAUCGAGUGUCUGGUUGGAAAAAUAUCAGGUCUUCCUCGCAGUAACGCGGGUAAUCUUCUUUGACAAGGAAAACAGAGCAUGGCCCAUUAUGAGCUUUUUGCGCGGUCAACUAUACGACGAAGAUUGGAACGAGCUGAAGAACCACACUAUUCACUGGCAUGGGGAUGAGAUCACUUUCCCGACAGUCUUUACCAUUCCCGCUCCUUAUAUCGCUGGUGGAGGCUUCUACGGACCAGAAGACCCAAGGAUCAUCAUCGAAGAAGAUGUCGAAGAUGCCGAGCCGGUGGUCGUGUUCAACAUGGUUUAUGAACUGAAGGACGUAACAAGGGCCAUGCAUAUCUUCCGACCGUUUUCCAACGUUACCACCAUCCUCAGCAUCACCGGGGAGGGGUCUAGACCGAUGGCCGAGAAGAAUUGGGCGCCGUUCUUCCACAACGAUCAAGAAAACGCAACGACUGGUGUCAAAAAGUGGCCGAGUCACUACAUCCAUUUUGUCCACAGCUUCAAACCCCUCAAAGUGCUGAGAUGCCAUGCACUCAACGGCUGGUGCGAUAUCGUGUAUGAGCAAAAGGUUUCUGAAGAGCUUGUGUCUUCUCACAAUGACGGUCACGGGCGGAUGAGCGGUGGCACGAACCUUGUUCCAAUUCACAUCCCUUCAAGCCCGGGCGUACACGCCUACGUUGGCUUCCCAAGGACUCACAUUGAUGUCGGCUGCAAGGACGAUGCGAUGUACAGGCCUGAAAUGAUGAUCAUGACAGCACAUGGCUCGGACUUUCACCUCAACUACAUGUCCGAAUCGAUUGACUUUGGAACGGCCGCUUUGCUCGCUGAAGCCAUAUCGGAUCCUUGCGGCGACGGUCGUAUUUUGAUCGCCAACAGUGUCUCUAGGUGGGACCGAUCGUCCGGUCAAGACCUGAUGACUUUGUCAUUCUCAGUGGCCGAUGAGACUGUGCAAGUGUUGCGGUUGCAGGGUGUUUCGCGAUUUAUCGAACAGUUGCCAUUCCUUGGCUCGGCACUUCAGCAUGACAUGUCCCAAGAUGGCAGAGUCAUUUGGAACCUGCGGUGGUCCGCCGUUGGGCAAGAUGUGCUUGCUUGCUCCGUUGAGGCUGCGCAGAAUUACUCCAUAGCCGUAGCUGAGCCAGUGCAAGGCUGGUCGAGAGGGAAAUUGAGGGAAAUCCAGGAAGCGGAAUCCAAGGACAAGGACGAUGUUCUCAAUGAAACAGAGAUGCGCGAGGACGAAAAAGUGCAGGAAGCCAAAGACGAGAAGGACAAGGAAAAGUCUAUCAAACACGAGAAGGGAUCGAAUGAGGCAUUUAAGGGUGCCAAAGGGCGACUCAAGGCUGCUAAAGAGGACGCAAACAACGAAAAGAAAUUCAUUUUCGAUGACGACCCUUUUGGACACGCUGACGAGCUUGUGUGA